AGGUGUGUGUAUGUGCGUGUUGCCCGCGUUUCGCUGGCAACGAUUCUGUGUGUGUCAAGGGGGACGCCGACCGUUCGGAAGUUGUCGUCGGCCUGAGUGUGUGUGUGCUUGAGUGUGUGUGCUGUGGACCGUCGAGGAGAGCGCCCGCAAGGUCUCCGGGACCGGGCACUCCCAGGUUCAAGCUAGGGAUGGCGCUUGUGCCAGCACUGCUGCUGCUGCUGGGUGCAGCGGUGGUGGGUGCGGUGGUGCCCUCUCCUCCCACAAUGGUGAAACAGCCCAAGCACGAGCAGCUAUACCAGGUGUCGCAAUCUCAAGACGAGUUGGACAAGCCAUUCCUGCUCGAGUGUGAAGCUCAGGGCCACCCAGAGCCAACCUACGAGUGGACCAAGAACAACAAGGAGUUCGACUACGUCUCGUACGACAAGCGAAUCUCACAACAGCCCCGCCGUGGCACGCUCGUUUUCACCAAGCCCGACGACGUGGACGAAGGACUGUACCAGUGCCGCGCAACCAACCUUCACGGCACGUCCGUGUCGAACUCCGUGUUCCUGCGCAAGGCUGAACUGAACAACUUUGCAGAGGAGACCACGAAAGAAGUCUACGUGGUGGAAGGUGACCCACUGUCGCUCGACUGUAACCCUCCCACGGGCUAUCCGCGCCCAAAUAUCUUCUGGCUCAUACAGUACUCGAGCGGUGCACUCCGCAACGUCAACUCGUCACGCAUCACCGCCGAUCCCGAGGGUGACUUGCACUUCUCGCGUGUCGAACUGGGCGACGCGCUUUCGGAUGCCGUGUACACGUGCAGUGCCACGUCGGUGUUCAGGCGCGAGUACAAAAUCGGCAACAAAAUCCAGCUGAAGGUCGAGCCGACAUCGAGUGCGGGAAAGGCCGAGCACGCGCCCGUGAAGCAAUACCUGUCGCCCCCGAACCUCGUUGCACUUCGUGGCCACGAGCUCAAGCUCUACUGCAUCUACGGCGGCACACCAUUGCCCCAGAUCUCGUGGUCCAAGCGGGGUGCGAACCCCACGUCGCGGCGCUUCACCUACUCCAACUACGGCAAGACGCUGGAAAUCCGCUCGGUGAGCUUCGAAGACGAAGGCACGUACGAGUGCCAAGCCAACAACGGAGUGGGUGUGGCUCAGACGCACGCAAUGCACGUCAAAGUGGAGGCGGCACCCUACUGGCUGCGGGUGCCGGACAACACCAAUGCAGCCGAAGAAGAAAGCGUCAGCUUUGAGUGCGCAGCAACGGGCAUACCCGAGCCUAAGCUGCAGUGGUUCGUGAACGGCGUGCCUGUAGAAAAGGCCGAGCCAAACCCACGCCGCAAAGUCGAGGGUCCCUUGCUUACCAUUGAGGCACUUACCAAGCGUGACACAGCUGUCUACCAGUGUAACGCCUCCAAUCCUCAUGGAUAUGCCUUCCGGGACUUCUACCUCAACGUGCUGGCACUUCCACCGACCAUCACGGAAGCACCCGAACAGCUCACGCUGGCCGUGGUAACAUCGAGGGUGACCCUGCGGUGCCGUGUGUUUGGGGCACCGCGACCCGAAGUGAAGUGGAUGAAGGAAGCUCAGGAACUGACCGGAGGCCGAUACCGUGUUCUCGACUCGGGUGAUCUACAGAUCGAUGACCUGCUAGUCACCGACCAAGGAGAGUAUACCUGCUAUGCCAGCAACAAAUUCGGUGACGCUUCGGCAUCUGGGUCACUAGAGGUCAAAGGCAAGACACUCAUCACACAGCCACCAGAGAAUUAUGAGGUGGCAGCAGACAAGAGUGCAACCUUCCGGUGCAACGCGGAAGCAGAUCCGAGCCUGGAGCUCAAGAUCGAGUGGCUCUUUAACGGCCAGCCUGUGGAUCCAGAGGCAGAUGCACGUAUGGUGCAGGCGGGUGACAACUCGCUCACCAUCACGCGCACCAUCGAGCUCGACUCAGGCAUCUACACCUGCGUCGCCCGCACCGAGCUCGACAGCGAUCGGGCACAGGCCACCCUCACCGUCCAGGAUGUGCCCAAUCCGCCACAGAUGGUCAAAAUCGACUGUGACGGCCUUAUGGCUCUCGUGGAGUGGAAGCCGACCGGAGAUCGGCGAGCUCCAAUCCUGUCCUACUCCAUUCAGUACAACACCUCCUUCAGCCCCGACACCUGGGAGGACGCCUUUGUGAACAUACCCGCCCCCGACACCAAGUUCAAGGUGUCCAUGAGUCCCUGGGCAAACUACACGUUCCGGGUGGUGGCUCGCAACAAGAUCGGGCCCUCGCUGCCCUCAGGGGCAUCGUCGAGGUGCACGACUCCUGAAGACGUGCCACACAAAAACCCAGACCGCGUCAUGGGCCGCGGGGACCGCUUCGACAAUCUGCUCAUCACUUGGACACCCAUGCCCCCCAUAGAGCACAACGCACCGGGCUUCUUCUACAAGGUGCUGUGGAAGCGCGACGAUAUCCCCGACGCAACCUGGAACUCUCGCAUCAUCGAGGACUGGAAACAAAACCGACACGUCGAGUACGGCCAACCCACAUUCAAGCCAUACCGCAUCAAGGUCGAGGCCCACAACCGGCGCGGCCAGGCGCACACGGCAGCCACUGAAGUGAUCGGAUACUCAGGCGAGAAUGUACCCUUGGCCGCUCCUCAGGACUUCAAGCUGGCCAAUGUCGUCGACGCCCGCACAGCCAACUUCACCUGGAGUCCUGUCAGUCCCGAAUCGGUGCGGGGCCACUUCCGUGGUUACAAGAUCCAGACGUGGACCCCCGACGAAGGCGAGGAGAAGCUGCGGGAAGUGGUGGUUCCGGCGAACGUGACGACGGCGACAGUCAGUCUGUUCCGGCCAUUCUCGCGCAACCUCGUUCACGUCCUGGUGUUCAACGACAUGUACAAUGGUCCCCCAUCGGACAGCAUAGAGUUCUCGACGCCUGAGGGCGUUCCAGGACCCGUCGCUUCGUUCGAGGGUAUCCCGAUGGGCUCGACGGGCAUCUACUUGCUCUGGAAGCGUCCUCUGGAGACCAACGGUGUGCUGACGGGUUACCACAUCUACUACGAGGAGGUUCGCGGCACCCAGCUUGGGCCCAAAAUGGAGCGGCAGCCACCUGUGCGUGACCCCCUGGAGUCACGUGCCAAACUGGCGGGUCUCAAGCCACGCACAAAGUACCGUAUUACCAUCCAUGCAGCUACUGCGCAAGGUCAAGGUGAUCCCAACUUCAUCGAGCUGGAGACGGCAGAUGAGUCCGAACGUGUCCCGGAUAUGCCGGACUUUACCUGGGCCUACCUGCCAGACCGCGAUGGACAUGCAGCUGUGCAGGUGACAUGGUUGCCAGCCAUGGCAGGCCACCCGGGCAGCCACUUCUAUGUUCAGUACCGGCGCAAGGGUGACGAGACGUGGGAGACCACCAUGGUGGAGAAGAACGAGGACAACAUCCUGGUCAAGGGCCUGGAGACAGGCGCCCUGUACGAGAUGCGCGUCAUUGCCGUUGAUGGAAAACACCAACGACCUUCGCGAAUCGAGGAAGUCGAAACUGGAGGACUUGCCAUCCGGGCGCCAGGCAGUCCUGACGCUGUGGCCGGUGCAGCUUGGUUCAUUGGCAUGAUGUGUGCACUGGCCCUGCUUCUGCUGCUUCUCAUCCUUGUGUGCCUGGUGAAGCGUAACCGUGGUGGCAAGUAUUCAGUCCACGACAAGGAAGUGGCUCAGGGUCGUGACCUUGACUAUGACGGUGGCUUCCACGAGUACACUAAGCCUGCCCAGCAGGCACCAGUGCGUGGCAGCCGAACUUCGCUGCACUCUAGCACCAAGGAGAGCGAUAGCGACAGCAUGGCGGAGUAUGGAGAGGGCGACCCGGGCCAGUUUGGCGAGGACGGCUCCUUCAUUGGCGAGUACGGACCCAAGCGCCGACAGCAGCAGCAACUGCAACAGCAACGGCCGCCCGAGACCACGUCCCCUUCGGCGUUGGCCACAUUUGUCUGAAAGCUCUCUGGCUUUGCUCUCCCGCUAUCUCUCUCUCCACUGGCUGCACCCAUUCCGACCCUGCCUGCCGUCUCGAAUCGCAGCCGAGCAAGGUUGAGAAAGGCGUUAAACGCUGCAGCCAAUCUGUCAGCCCUCAAUUUUGUGGGCAUUAUUGCAUCACUGCCUUUGGCAUAGCCAAGUGAUUCUCGACAACCGGGACAUCCUUUAGGGUAACUUCGUAAAGUUGGCGUUCGGGCGCGAUUUUUAGGGAUCGUCACUGUGCCGCGAUAUCGUAGGUUGUGUUAAACACUUUUAGUCUUAUUUCUUUUAGGCGUGUACUUUUAGCGUUUCAGGAACAUACAGCAUUUCCUCUGCUCCUCUUAAGUGCUAGUGAUUGGAAAACGCUGGGCACGUGCACCGGCAGAAGGAAAUGCAACGUCUGCAAGAGUAACGAAUGCUGUUGAGCACUUUUUCGUGGUGUAGUCUUGUCUUAUGAUGACAUUUGUCGAGAUCCUUGAGGUUCUUUCGCAGUGACACUGGGUGUCCGGUGGUACAUUGAGUCGCACUCCUGUCACCAUCUACCUGUACAUGGAUAGCUUUAUGGACAGGUACGUGGUAUGUGUUGGACAGGUACAUGUAAAAAAAAUGGCUCAUGCUGACUUGAUUACUGUGAGCUAGAACGGCACUCUCAGAAAGAAAGUGUACUCCUUUUUUAUGUUAUGUUGUCUCUAUAAACAAUAAUCGUAAUCUAACUCUCAAGCACUUUCUUUUUAAAGAUGUGCUUCCGGUACUUUCAAGUCGCGAGCAGUAUGGACACAUCCAUAUGGUGAUCCUGGUGAAAAAUGAUCAGGCGUGCAACGAUAAUUUAAGGAAGUGUGUGCAGGAUAAGUGCCGAUUGUCUUGGCAUGUUGUAUUUCAAAAGGUUGUAAAAGUGUGUUCACCUCGAAAAGUUUGCUACACCUUCGGAGCGCAUCGAAAGUGCACCUCAAGAAAAACCAGUGUCGAGAACUUGAGGGGUUACGUAAAGUAGCCGGGUGUGCGCUGCGUGUGGUACGGGGUGCAGCCAGUGGGGGAGUGCAGCGCGCUGCUGGUUGGCUUUUCCGCGCUGUUGCCGGCAACCUUGCGCGGGCCCCCAGCACGGAAGAGAGUUACCGUCCUCCGCGGUCACAAGGCCCCGAAGAGAGGUGUGGUUGAUGGAAGGGGGGGGCCCAAGCACAGACCCGGGCUUCAGCCUCUUGCAGUGCACAUUCCAUUAUAGAGUCUUCUCUAGAUAGGCCUACUGUGUUCCUUUCCACGUCCCGUUUUUUUUUUCUUUUACGAGUCUUUUAUCGUCUUUGAGAGGCUAUCUGCGCUAUUUUUAGUUUGUACAUAGUGUAACGUGCGUUUUUCAUGUUUUUAGAUGGCACCACAAACACAAAAACAUAUUGCAAGAAGGCAGCUGCUCUUAUGCUAGCUGAUCUCGGUUCCUCUGUGCCCGGAGCUUUGAGGAAGGCCUACCAGUGCCGUUGUGUCGUCCUUAUUCAUUGCUCGGGAGGGAACUACGGGAGGGGAAGGGUAAGGCCCGACUCGUGCAGCCGUCACGCUCCAUCACGUCGUCGCGAAGGCAUUGGUGUCCGUCACGAGACAUUUUCUCAUUGGUUUGCCGAAAUAACGGCAUUGUCGUUAUCUGAUGCUCUCAACAUCGCUGUUGUCUUGUUUUUGAAGAGACGAGGGUGAUAGAACGUUGCAUCGUGACGGACGACAAUGCCGUGCUGGAGCAGUUGAUGGCCGCGUGAAUCCGACCUAAGGCAGCUUGGGUGUAUGCUUCGGCUGUCCACCGCAAGCUGAUCGUCAUGCCGAUAAGGCCGUAACGUUACACUACUUUUUGUCGUGAAGAGGUCAAGAUCUGAGGACAGGGAAUCUCAUUGCAAGGUGUUUGCAAGAUAACCGAAUUUUUAAACGUCAGUGCUUCUGACGACUGCAGGUUUGCAGCAUAACAGUCUCACUUUUAUUCAAGUCGAACAAAAAGGUGUCAGCACGGCUUUGUUAUUAACGUCGGACAAAAGGUGGGCAGAUGAGGCAUCUGGUUGCCUGCCUGCUAUAGUGUAUUACUAGCUAUUACUAUUACAUUGUGUAUUAUUAACGUGUGGCAGUUUCCCGAGGUAUUAAAGCACAUGUGAGGCUUUUUUAAAGUUCAGGUAUCUACCAGCUCAGCUGGACAUCUACAGUCACCUACCUCUAAAGGCAGCUGAACCUAGCACAUGCCGAGCAAGAUCAUUGGUUAGAAGUGGCGUGAUUGCGCAAGUACCAGGAUCAGACAACAUUCCUAAGCUCUGUGCUGUGACACAGGUGCUCUCUACAACUGUUUGUUCAUGUGGAGUCAAACGAAUUUCAUUCAGAUGCUCAGAAGGUAGUGAAUGUAAACUGUUAAAGGCGCCGAAGUGAAUAACUUGUGCCUAACGGACAUCAAAUGCGGUAGAAGUACGAAGCAGCACCCAUGCCAUCCAGUGCAAAUGCGCAGGGCAAGCAGCUAUGACAUUUUUUCUCACUGCCUAAGCGAAACUUAAGAGCAAGUUGUCACGUAGGGCAUCUGUUCACGAGCGACAUUGAAGGCUACAGUGUUGCUGGCAUCUUUUUUUUAUACAUAUAUAUUACGUUUCUCAUAUAUGCACUCCUGGCUCAUUUGGCCGGGCCUCGUGGUGCAACGGGCAGCUGUGAUGUCACGCUGUCCAGUUGGGUACGCAACGGUAUUCGCACUGAGAGGCUGACGAAUCUCAUUCGUUUUUGUUUUUGCCGAAUCUCAUAUUUUCUUCUGUGUGCAUGUGUUGUGAGUCAGCUGUUUCAUAUUGGAGUACCUUUCUCGCCUAGUAGUAGGUGUACACGACGUCGCGCCUUCUUUUUAGAUUUAUUUUUGUUCCAUCCCACGUCCUUUGUGCGCCAAUGAUGUCUGCUGUGUGGUAGGUAACUAUGUGUCCACUUUUAAUAUGUGACGUGGUGUACAUCAUUUUGCAGAUCUGUAUUUUGAGCUUUGUGAGAGACGGCACGAUUGAAACAAGUUGUGUUAUUUUGCUGGAAGAAAAUAAAGAACUGGCGUUCCGCUACAGA